AUGUACAUCUUCGCCACCUCUCUACUCCUACUCAUCGGCCAGCCCGCGUCCAUCUCACGCGCUGCUGGCACCUUCGCCACCUUGAUGCUCCCGCAGCUCUUCGCCUACGCACUCAACUACCCGAUGACCAAGUUCCUGUAG